AAAUAACCCAGAGAGCAGAAAGCAAAACACGCAUGCUUUUAGAGAGGUUGGUGAUCGGGGUCUGAUGUUGUUAACUCUUUUAAGUUACGCAUUUUGAGUGUUGGAAACCAUUAUCACGAUGUCGCCUGCCCCUGUUCGCACGAAACCGAAUAUUAUGAUCACAGGGACUCCUGGUACAGGGAAGUCAACCCUCUGUAAGGAACUGGCGGAGCGUACCGGCUUCCAAUGGCUGGAAGUAUCAAAACUGGCUACUGACUGGGACUGUGUCAGCGGAUUUGAUGAGGAGUAUCAAAGCAAUAUUUUGAACGAAGACAAGUUGCUCGAUACGAUGGAACCAAUCAUGGCCAGUGGUGGUAAGAUAGUCGAUUACCAUGGAUGUGAAUUUUUCCCUGAGAGAUGGUUUGAUAUUGUAUUUGUCACAAGAACUGAUAAUACAAUUUUGUAUGACAGACUACAUGAGCGGGGAUACACUGGCACAAAGCUCACUGAAAAUGUAGAGUGUGAGAUUUUCCAGACUUUGCUGGAAGAAGCAAAGUCUUCCUAUGACGAAGAAAUUGUUCAUGAGAUUCCCAGCAACACUCUAGCAGAUAAAGAAAGCAACUUAGACAGGAUAGAAAGCUGGAUAGAAUCAUGGACUGAAAAUAAUGUUAGAUAAGCCUAGGGUAAAGAUUUAUUUGACAGCCAUUAUAUUUUGGAUUUAAUUGAUUGGUCCUGGUUUAGUUGUAGUAGUGAGAAUUUAAUAACUCCACUUACCAUUUAAAAUAUUUAAUGGUUUUGUCAGAAACUAUCAAUAUGGGUUUUUUUUUUCUCAACAAUAAACUAAAAACAUUUUUGUAUUCA